CUUCCCACAAGCUCAAGCAGAAGAUUUUACUAGUAGCAGAAAUAGAAGUAGAACCCAAGAAUUCUAUCUCUGUUUCGUGCUUCUCUUUCUUGCAUUCCACUCACUCAAUCAAACACUUAGAGAAACCAAACCAAAGAAAGAUUGAAUCUUUUCUCCAAUGCUGGAAAUGGAUGGCUCUUCCAAAGCUCCCCCAAUUUCUGAAAUGUUCUCCAAAUUCGCUCUCGCCUUCAAAGCCAAAACCUUUGAGUUCUUCGCAGAAGAGGAAGAAGACCCAGACAGCUUAUCUCUGCUCGACUCCGCAGAAGAAAUCAUCACCGACCAGAAAGUCGUCGUCAUCAAACCCGACGGAGCAGCCACUCCCACCUCGCCGGAGCUCCCAAUAACUCCGACGAAGCCCGACUUGGGCGAGACCCAGGUCCCAAAACAAGAGCUUUCCACUGUUACAAGGUCUCUGAGCAAAACCCAGAUCAGACCCAUCAAUAUUCCGAUGACGCAGACUCUGAUUUCGUCGGUCUUCGCCACCGUCUCGUCUUUCGAAGCUUCCUACCUUCAGUUGCAGACUUCACACGUUCCCUUUGUGGAAGAGAACGUGACGUCAGCGGACCGGGCUCUGGUGUCUCACCUUCAGAGGCUCUCGGAAUUGAAGCAGUUUUUCAGGGAAUUUUGUGGAGGUUCGGAUUUCGGGUCGGGUUUUGGAGUAGGGUCUUGCUUGGAGGCCCAGGUGCAAGAGAAUCAGAGCAAGCUCCGGACUUUGGGGACCAUGUCAAAUAGGUUGCAGACAGAGAUUGAUCACAAAGACAAUGAAGUUGUGGCCCUGAGGAAAAAGCUGGGUGAGAUUCAGAAAUCUAACUUUAGACUAUCUCAGAGAUUAUCUAGUACUUUGAAGUCUUCAGCUUGUGAGGUUUUGUUGUCAGUUAGAGUAUUUGAUUCUGUUCUGCAUGAUGCUUGUAGAUUAACACAUAGAUUUACUAAGAUUUUGAUAAGUUUGAUGGGGAAAGCUGGGUGGGAUUUGGAUUUGGCUGCCAAUUUGGUUCAUCCUGAUGUUGGUUAUGCGAAAAAUGCUCACAAUCGAUAUGCUUUUUUGUCAUAUGUUUGUUUGGGAAUGUUCAAAGGGUUUUAUUCGAAGGGUUUUGGUUUAGUUGAGGAUGAGGUUUUGUGUAACGGCCAUGAGUCUGAAUUGGAUAAGAGCAGCGUUCCUUUGAAGCAGCUGCUUGAGCAUGUGUCGAGCAAUCCCAUGGAGUUGUUGAGUAGGAACAAGAAUUGUGAGUUUUCGAGAUUUUGUGAGAGCAAGUAUCAAGAGAUCAUUCACCCCACAAUGGAAUCUUCAAUGUUUAGUAAUUUUGAUCGGAAUGCGGUUGUCCUGAGUAAAUGGAGGUCGUUGAACGUCUUCUAUGAAUCAUUUGUUAACAUGGCUAGCUCGAUAUGGACGUUACACAAGUUGGCCUUUUGCUUCGAUCCUGUGGUGGAGAUAUUCCAAGUGGAAAGAGAUGCAGAAUUUUCUAUGGUAUAUAUGGAAGAUGUGACUAGGAGAUUGUCAUUGCCUAGUAAAACCAGGGAAAAAGUUGGCUUCACAGUGGUUCCAGGUUUCAAAAUUGGAAGGACGAUAAUUCAGUCUCAGGUUUACCUAAGUGGCUUGAAAUGUACAGAGUAGUGGCAAGUUAUUGUUCAGCUGUUAAGAUGUCAUGGAAAUAUCAAGAUUUAAGCUGAAGCAUGAUGUUGUUUUUGAUCUUAGAAGCUUGGAGUUCAAAAGUUAGAGGAUGGAUCAAUUAUUAUGCUCACUAAGGAAACUCUUUGAAGAUAUUUGACUUCUAUAUAUGCUUCACCCGCAGUAACUAUGUCGUUGCCACCCCUGUUGUGAUACAUGCUACCUGGUUAGUGAUUUUGGUUUUUCUUUGUAUAUGGAUUUCUGUUGAGACCUAUGUUAACCCAACUGUAUAGAACCCUUUUUGUUCUAGACUUCUAGUCUCUUUUUUGGCUUAAACACAUAUACACUGCCAAGUUGUGCAUCUUAGUUGGUUAUGCCAUUGAAAACAAAUACCUUCUGACUUUCAAUUGUAAUGUUAUGUUACAAAUACAUGCUUGAUCUG